AUGAAGGGUCUUCUCCCAGCCUCUUCGGCUGCCCUUUCUCUAGCUGGUGGUGCUAUUGCCAGCCCAGUCUCCCCUCGGUCAGACCUCCUCUUCUUCAAGCCCCUAACCGUCACGUCAAACUCGGUACACAACGUCCAUGUCGGCUAUGGAGACGAUGACUUCGAGGGUGAAGUCCGUCUGGUAUAUGGCGAUUGCGGCAUGAAAAGCCAUGCAGAUGGUCAUCAUGAUGUGGCAUCGCAUUACAUCAAGCGAUCAGGUCGUCCCGAGCGAUUCGUUUGGAUCAUACCGGACGAUGCCGUUCACGGCGGAUGUCUACAUGCUUACUCGGGGUCCACACUGAUCGGUCGCUCAGCGCCUGUCAGAAUCCAUCAUCAACCAAAGAAACGGGAGGAGAUCUCAGACGUUGCCGAUGCAAUGGGUCCUUGGUUUGACGGUGUAGCCUACAUGCAGGCGAAGCAGAACAACGCCUCAUACGUCGCAGUUGAGAAGAGCAAGAAAAUCGCCAUCAUUGGAGGAGGUAUGUCUGGCUUGAUGACUAGUCUUCUCCUGGAUUCGGUAGGCAUCCACGACUGGCACAUCACCGAAUCUUCACAACGUAUUGGUGGACGUAUUCGAACAAAGUACCUUGCUGGUAGCACACCUGAGCAAUAUCAGUACCAGGAGAUGGGUCCUAUGCGAUUCCCCGUCUCAACCACCUACCCAGAUACGAACGAGACAUUGGAGAUCCAGGACCAUAAGAUGGUUUUCCAGCUCGGUGAUGUCCUCAACCAGAUGAACGGAGGUAAUACCAGCAGCCUCGCUGUCAACUUCAUUCCCUGGAUCCAAUCAAGCCCAAAUGUGCCUGGUAACUCGAACGGUUUCCGUCUGCCGAACGGACGCAUCCCUAGCGCAACGCAAAUCAAGAACAAUGCGACGGCUUAUACGCUGUCUGCGGUUGAGGGUCCGGACGAGAAGGCUAUCGAGCACGUUGAGGAGGCGCUUGAUGACUUCAUUGGAUACACACCGGAGGUUGUACGCGAGUUGUACUCCAAUGUGUACAAAGCUCACAAGAACGCCGUAGAAAAGGGCCUAUUCCAUUGGUCCGAGGCAGCGUACAUCAAGUAUGCGCUUAAUGCAAGCGAUGAUGUCGUCGACUAUGUUACUGGCCUUCAAAACGCUCCAAUCUGGGAGUACGAGACGGCUUACUUCAGUGCCACGACGUGGCGGACGAUCGAUAAGGGUUUGGAGUCACUUCCCCGUGCUUUCUACCCCCAUGUUCAGGACCGUCUGACAUUGGGUCGCAAGGUGACUGGCUUGAAGCACGACGAGAGCACCGGCAAGAUCGCGGUCCAAUGGCGCCAGGAUCCUUUCGCAAUGGAGCCGGAGAGCGAGGAGUACGACUAUGCAGUCAUCGCCGUGCCCUUCUCCAAGGUCAGACUCUGGGAUCUUCCCGAAUAUUCUUCACUAUUGUCGCGUGCCAUAGAAGAGAUGAAUUACCAGCCGUCGUGCAAGGUCUCUCUGCACUACAAGACACGUUUCUGGGAGAAGCUUUCACCACCUAUCAUCGGUGGCUGCGGCUCAGUCGAUAUCGCAGGUAUCGGCAGCGUCUGCUAUCCUGCAUACAAGAUCAACUCAACUGGACCCGGCGUCAUUCUGGGAUCGUAUGUUUCCGGUACUCUGGCUCGCUCAGUCGGUGCGCUCAGCACGACCGACCACGUGGCCAUGGUCCAGCGGGCGAUGGUAGAGGUUCAUGGUGAGGUUGCUGAUGAGCAGUUCACUGGCGCAUAUGAACGCCAGUGCUGGGAAUUCGACGAACACCAAGCUGGUGCCUGGGCGUCCCCCUUCGUUGGCCAACAAGAUCUGUUCCUGCCUGCCUACUACAAGACAGAGCAUCAGUCCAUCUUUAUCGGAGAGCACACGAGUUAUACACACGCGUGGAUCUUCUCAGCGCUUGACUCAGCUGUGCGCGGCACUUCCCAAUUGCUGCUGGACAUGGGUCUGGUCGAUGAGGCGAAGCAGAUCGUGGAUACCUGGAUGGGGAGGUGGAUCUCCAUCUAG